UGACGUGUAUUCCUGCACCAACAGGAUGUCCGUCUUAAAACUAGGGUCCCCCUUUUCCUCGUGUAGCGGCUUGUCGGUAGUUUCCAAGUAAGAGCUCUCGACUAUUUUACCGUUGUAAUGGCUUCGACUGGUGGCACCUUGGACUCUCCUGUGAAGCAGAUCCAGAUUGAUGGUUUGGUGGUGCUAAAGAUCAUCAAGCACUACCAAGAAGAGGGCCAGGGCAGUGAGGUGGUUCAGGGUGUACUGCUGGGCCUGGUGGUUGAUGACCGGUUGGAGAUCACAAACUGUUUCCCCUUCCCGCAGCACACUGAGGAUGAUGCAGACUUUGAUGAAGUACAAUACCAGAUGGAGAUGAUGCGUUCUCUGCGUCAUGUAAACAUCGACCAUCUGCAUGUGGGAUGGUAUCAGUCCACCUACUACGGUUCCUUUGUCAGCCGAGCCCUGCUUGACUCCCAGUUCAGCUACCAGCAUGCCAUCGAGGAGUCUGUUGUGCUUAUCUAUGACCCUAUAAAGACAGCCCAAGGCUCCCUGUCUCUGAAGGCCUACAGGCUCACUCCUAAGCUCAUGGAGAUCUGCAAAGAGAAAGAUUUCACACCUGAAGGAUUGAAGAAGGCUAACAUUGGCUUUGAUCACAUGUUUGAGGAGGUGCCCAUUGUCAUCAAAAACUCUCACCUUAUCAAUGUGCUGAUGUGGGAGCUGGAGGACAAGUCCACAGUCGCUGAUAAACACGAACUACUCAACCUAUCCAGCAGUAACCAUUUGGAGAAGAGCCUUCAGCUCCUGAUGGACAGGGUGGAUGACAUGAACCAAGACAUUGUCAAGUAUAAUACCUACAGCCGAAAUUUGAGCAAACAGCAGCAGCAGAAGCACCAGUACCUCCAGAGGCGGCAGCAGGAAAAUGCCCAGCGACAAAGCAGAGGGGAAGCAGCCUUGCCUGAGGAGGAUAUCAGCAAAAUGUUCAAGCCCCCCCAACCCCCACCCCGUAUGGACACGCUACUUAUUGCAGGGCAAAUUAACAACUACUGCCAGAACGUGAAGGAAUUCACCUCUCAGAACCUCGGAAAGUUGUUCAUGGCAGAGGCUCUCCAAGGCCACAACUAGAUGAGACAACAGGGAGUCAAGAGUGAAGAGGGCACAGCGCAAGAAUACAUGAAAAGAUAGCCUAGAGUUAAUCAGAGAGCUGAACUGCUGUCCUGUUGUUUAUUUUCUGAAAAAUCUUGGAUUUAAGAGUGAAAUAAAAGUGAUAAGCUCUUAUCU